AUGAACAAGUUUCUGGUUGUAUUGGCUACAGUCCUGGUGUGCGUUUCCGCACGUCCAGAUAUUGGACUGAAUAUCAGGGAGGGCGGUUACCAGUACGGAUCCCCAACCGGUAGUUACUUACCUGGAGCUCAACAGAUUGGAUCCAACUCUUACAAUACUUACAACAACGGACCACAGCAACAUUUCGCUCCCGCUGGAGUCGUUUCCGGACAGCAGUACAACUACCAAGGAGUUGCUCCUCAAGUUGGAUUCGUCGGACAGCAAAACUACGUUCAACAGAACUUCGCGCAGGUCCCUCACAAGUCUUACUUCUUCGACGCUCCUGAGGAUCUCGGACACACCCAUGUUCGCGUUCAUGUUCAACCGUCCGCCGCCGCCGGAGACAAGACCAUCUACAUCAGGGCCCCAGCUUACAACUCCAAGAUCGUGCCACACUUCAACAUCGCUCAGCAGCAAGCCGCCGGCAAGACCAAGGUUUACGUUUUGGUGAAGAAACCAGAGGAGCAACAAGACAUCGUCGUCCCAGCCGCCGUCCAAGGACCAGCCGCCAAACCAGAAGUAGUCUUCGUCAAGUACAGCAACCAGAAGGAGGCCGAACAGAAGAUCCAGGACAUCCAGCAGGGCGCUUCCGGCGGAAACAGCGCCAAGGUCGUCUUCAACCACCGCGAAUUGGUCAGCUCCAUCAAGGAUGAGCCCGUCCACCAUCAACAAAUCAACUACGGAGUUCCAGUCAUCGGAGGACCAACCUCCAUUCAUCAAGCCAUCAUCGGCGGUGGUGGUGGUGUCAGCCACGACGCUCCAACCCACUUCGAAAUUGGUGUUAACGGUGGAUCCUCUGGUCCAGUUCAACAUCAUCAACACCACGAGACCGCCAACUACGGUCCAGCCGGUGCCAGUGGUCCAUACUAGAACAAUUCAAACAGAACAAACUAGUCACAAUU